AUGGUCCUCAUCAGUGUUCCUCGGCUGCGGCUUUCAUUGUCUGUGAUCCUCUAUCUUAUCCUGUUUUACUCGAUUUUCGACAUUUAUUACACAUCUCCACUCGUGCACGGGAUAAAACCGGUCCGACCAAAUGCACCCCCUCUAGUGAAAAACGUCAUAUUCAUCGUUGCUGACGGGCUGCGUACCGACAAACUGUUUACUGAAAAUAUGGAAGAUACUCCAACACUCAGGUACCCGUUAAGCUACUUCCCAACUUUGAUUGUUUUCUUCCUUUUGGUAGGGUGGCAAGUCAAUGCGGUGGAGUUUGACUCGGUCGUUAAUCGGUCCAACAGAGCCUGGAUUUGGGGCGGUCCCGACGUCGUCCCCAUGCUCCAGCCGCCAGAUCGCAUUGGAGACGAUCGCGUCUUUAUCCACUCUUAUCCACGUGACAUGCUUGACUUUACGGCCGAAAACAUCACCCAAAUUGACGACUGGGUCGUGGAUAAGUUCUCUGCCUUUAUGGUGAACAAUUCACACUUGCUACUUACUGAAGAAGGUGUGCGGGAAGACUUUCGAAGAGGAAACUUUAUCUUCCUGCACCUCAGUGCCGCCGAUCAACUCGGACACACUGCUAAACCGAAUUCACCGGAGUACGUAAAAAUGAUUCGCAACCUUGAUUCCAACAUUGGUCGCAUCAUGAAGCUGUUUUCAGAUCUCCCCUUUGGAGAGGAUAUUCUCCUUGAAACUGCCUUUAUUUUGACUGCGGAUCACGGAAUGACUGAUUGGGGUAAGAUAUUUCCAUAUUGCCUUCGAAUUCUUCGCGGCAGUUUCCCUGUGACGAUGUUCACUUUUUUUCCAAAAAAUAUUUUUUCUUCAGGCAGUCAUGGAGCCGGAUCUCCACAAGAAACCAUCACGCCACUGAUUCUUUGGGGUAGCGGCAUUUCUCCACCGAAGAUUCUUGAAAACCAGUCAGUUGGAGUCGGCGAAACAGAAUUGCUAAAAUAUCAUUAUAACCGCAAGAUCCACAUCAUCCGUCAAGCGGACAUAUGUCCACUCAUCGCCGCCUUGUUGGGUAUUCCCAUUCCAGCUAACUCUGUAGUAAGUUCUCCGCUGUUCACCCUGUUUUCUGAAGGUGUCCGUGAAAUGCUUUUUUUAUUCAAAGAAACUGCACACCUUUGA